CGCGAUCUUUCUUGAACAAGGACGACAACUGCGAGAUGGCCGAGGUACCGCAGGCCUCGGAGCCCCAGGCAAUCGACCAGGUGGCGAUGGACACGGAUCAGGAAAGCGUGCCAGGAUUGAACGAUAAGAUCGAGAUUCUCAAAGGAUAUGAGAAGGAUCUGUCAGCAGCAACAUAUUGCCUGCACCAGGAAGACCACACUCUCGGCAAUGUCAUUCGAUACAUGCUCAUGAAAAAUCCCCAAGUUCAGUACUGUGGCUACAGCAACCCGCAUCCGAGCGAGCCCAAGAUCCAUCUGCGCAUCCAAAUGUUUGAUGGUCAAUCUUCCCUCGUCGCCCUCAAAGAAGCACUGGACAAUCUCGAGACGCUGUUCGAAACAAUCGGCUCGUCAUAUUCCAAAGAUCUUUCUGAGGGCAAAUUUGAGCGGUUCCGCGAACCGGGCGCCAACGAGGAAGAGCUGCGAGCCAUUGUGGAACGCGGCAAACAGAUCCGACAGGCACAAAAGAUUGACGCUGAGAAUCGCCGGAGAGCCACAGAGAUGGACGUGCCGGAUGAAUGAGAGGCCUACUUGCCUCGUUGCUGCUUGUGUGUACUCUACCUACCCGUC